UACCACACACAGUCACACACGGCAGGCAGCCAAAGGUUACGCCGUGACCACCACGCGUGCAGCGGUGGAUCCAUAGAUAAUCCGUGCCUGUCUCUGUUUUUUUAUUAUAGCUCGCAUGAUAUCGCGUAAACGAAUAGCAGGAGGAUCGCUGAGUGGGUCAGGUGUGCGAUUUGGACUCGGUAUCUGAUGUAGGCUGGGUUUUGAGUCUCACCCCUCCGCUCCACCGCUGGCCUUGUAUCACUCGUUACUCGACGCCCGAGGCGCUGGUCGCGGGUAUGGACGCCCUGUGGAUGCUGUCGGUGCUGCUGGUUCUCUCGGUUCUGCUCUUGACCAGCAGCACAUUCGUCUUCUAUUUCAAAAAGUUUUUUUACGUGGCGUACAUGAUGGCUUUGGCCGUUAUAGCCAUACCGAUCUGCAUUCUGAAAUGCGGCGGGAGGGACAUUGAAAAUAUGAGGGUUAUCCGCUUCAUGGUUCGACAUGUGAAGUAUUUCCUGGGUCUGCGUUUUGAAAUCAGUGGUUUGCAGCAUCUACAGACGGAUGGGCCUUAUGUCAUCAUCUCCAACCACCAAUCAUCGCUUGACGUGCUAGGCAUGAUGGAGGUUCUGCCAGACCGCUGUACCACGAUCGCUAAGAAGGAGCUGAUGUGGGCGGGGACAGUGGGCAUGAUCUGUUGGCUGGGAGGAAUCGUCUUCAUUAACCGCAAAAAGACCAGCGACGCCAAGAACGUCAUGUGUGAUGCCGCUAACAAAGUCCUGGCUGACAAGAUCCGCUUGUGGGUGUUUCCCGAAGGCACACGCAAUCAGAAGGGCGACCUGUUGCCCUUUAAAAAGGGAGCGUUUCAUCUGGCGAUACAGGCACAGGUUCCCAUCAUACCCAUUGUGUUCUCCUCCUACAACAACUUCUACAAACGAAAAGAGAGAGAGUUUAAUUCAGGAACCAUCACUCUGAAGAUCCUACCGAAGAUUGAGACGAAAGGAUUGACGGCAGAUGACGUGACAUCACUCGCCGACCAAUCGUACGGCAUCAUGCGUUCAGCUUUUUUGGAGAUCUCCGGUAAAACCCCUCAGAGCAACGGGCCGUCCAGUCACUGAGCGCAAGCUCCUUCAUUCGGCCUGAAUACAAAGAAGGCUACGUCAUCAUGGUGGCGACGGUAACCAUGACAACCAGGCGCUUUGGUAUCUACGGCGUCCUCAUGAAGCAGGAAUACAUGUGCAUACACAGACAAAUUACAUACGUACACAUUCACGUGAAUACACAGCAGAUUUUAUCUUAGCCUAGAUUUGAUCUCCCAUCGGACAACAGGGGGCGCUGAGAUGUGGAAAGUGUUUUUUGGGCAAACCUUUAACCUUGCCUGGCAUGACGCGUGUCUCUGGGCGCUGUUGGGAUUGAUCUGCUAUCGUUGGCGACAGGUCGAGUUUGGAGUGACACCCUGAGAACAUCGUGGAUGUGUGUUUGAUCUGCAUGCUUUCUCUGUUUCUCUGUCCUUCUUUCACAGAUCUACAGCGACCGGCUCUGUUCGUUAUAUUCUUGUAUUUUGGGAAAUCGGUGACAAACGCCUGUUUUCUUUAGUCCGCCUUUAACAGCCCAGCUCAUAGGAGUGUUUCAGUUAAUUUAGUUGAUUUAAAGGAAAGUUAUUGACCAAAUCUGAAUUCAAAACCUUUAUCGUGUGUGUUCACUUAAACAAAGGAAAUCCCACAUUGCUCGCUUUUGUCAAAUAUUACGUUUGUUCGUCCUCAAAAGUGUCGAAAGGUUUAUGAUGAACAAGUGCAGCUUCUUCCUGUGCCAUGUGUCCAAAGUGUCUCAGCUAUCAUCGGCUGUGCAGUAUCUGACUGUUGUUUAAACACUAGUGAUUGUUUAAAUAGAAAUACGUUCAAGUUGCUUUGUUUAUUCAGUAUAUGUCUGUUUUGUUUGCGUUAAAGCUACGACAUGUUUUUUAUUCUUAAAUGCUUAUUUAACCACACCUAAAUUGUUCACAAGGGAACCAUUAUUAUAAUGAGUGAUCUACUAAGUAUUAUCUAACAUGUUAUCUAGAGUAGCGUUUAUUUUUUAAAACUUACAAUCUAAAAAAAUGCGCUGUAUAAAAUAUGCAAAAGCAUUUUUGUUUAAACAACGAUAUUUUCGCCUUAAAAAUCGAAUUUUCGGAUCAAACAACUACUAAAAAUGAAUAAGAUAUAAUGCAAAUUGCGAGCUCUUUAAAAUGUUUUGUCGUGGUGGUGUCACUUAUACCAUCUCCAAAAAUGACCCACAAUUCCAGAUAAAGCUUCUGUCUCUAGACCGCAUGAGCCUUGUGCUUAUACCUGGUCUUAGAUCAGUACUGUACCGUACCGAAAUAUACUUGCGUUUAAUCUAAUAAACCCAUUUACUAAAGUUUCAGCUCUUAGAGAGCAUAACCGAAUGUAGGAAAUACUUUUAUAUAUUGUACCUACUGAAAAUUAGAUUAUUUAAAAAUAUUCAUGAUUUAAUGAUUAUUUAACACAUAUUUAUUAAGCCAAACUGUAUUAAUAAUACAUGGUUAUGCAUUGAUCAAAAUUUAUAACCACGUUCAGACAUUUAUAAUUGAGUUCCUAUGUUUGAUGUAAUUUGUAUUAUUUGAUAAGAAUGUAUAUCAUCCAUAAUUCAAUAUGUACGACUUAAUAUUCGAGGGCUGAAUUGUACAUAUACAGUAUGUAAUAAUUUGCUCCUCGAGCUAAAAACAUCACAACUAGAUUUGAAUAAUGUGUAUUGGGCUAUAAUUUUAUAAGCCUUUCUUUCUUAUUCUCAGUCUAACUUUUACCCUGCUGAACACGCCAACUGUAUAAGAAGAAAUGUACCUAAAAAUUGUGUAUGAAAAAUUUAGUUGUUGUAUGAUUUCCACCAAAGCUAUUAAGGAUAAAGAACAGAUGAAGCUUUUAAAUGUUCUGAUUUUAGUUUCUGAUACUGUCGGACGUUUUACGGGCAGGCAGCCUUAUGUGCUGAACGUGUUUGUGUGCCCACCUGACGCACAGCUGAGCCCAUUGUAAAUCUGUAAAGUCAUGAGAUGAUAGUUAUAUAUCAGAUGUUGAUGUGCUAGAAUCUGGAUACGAUCCGUGUAAUGAACAUCUUGGAAAAAGUAAAUAAAAUCGUCUGUUUUUCCUAUAGAAA